AUGGCAUCCAAGUACUCAGAUCCAGAGGAUUUAUACUUCCUAACAGACCCUGAUUCCAUGUUGUCCAGCCUGGAUGUUCGUCCCAAAAGACAGUUAAAACUUACGGAAAAGGGUUCAAGCCUGUUUCAUGAAUAUUGUGAUGUUUAUAUAAAUAAACUGUUGUCGUUGGGUAGAAACUUAGAAACUCUGUUGCAGUAUGACAUAUCAGUGUGUAAAAGAAGUGAAUUGAGUGAAUUGGGGCUAAAGUUAGACUCUAGUUUUAAUGACUAUAAACAUCUUAGUGAUGAAUAUCUGGAGUUCUUAUCAAGAAAUAACACCCAUGAAAGUUCCCUUGAGCAGACAAGCCAUAUGGUUGUGAGACGUACCUACAUGGAGAGAGUUGAGAUUCUGGCACGCUCUAUAUCCAAAAAGCUUUCCAGUAUGCAGUCACCCACACCAUCUGCGAAAUCUUCCUCAUCAUCUAGCUCUCAAUCUCACCAUACAGUUUUACAAAAAAGACUCAGUUUAGAAGCUGCUAAGGCUCGUCUGGACUUUGUGAAGAAAGAAAAUACCCUUAAACAACAUGCCCUCAAUAUUCAAGCAGAAUUAGAAGAGUUGGCUGCUAAGAAGGAGAUCGCAGUGCUUAGGCAGAACUUUCUGUGGUGGAGGAGGAUUGCAGGUCGGUUGAAUGUUUGGCGUCGCCUGGAAGAGCGAUAUGGUGCACCCUCACUUGUAGAGGCUUCAAUCAGGAAAAAGCUGGAGAACUUUAAGACUCUAGACAGUCAGGAUGAGAAAGAACUAUACCAACUGUGUGAUAUUCUGAAUGAGAUCCAGUCUUUGAAAGGAAAUGACAUUUUUACUAAUUUGUUAGCACAGUUCAACACAUCUGUUGGUAUUACACCUAUAGUAGCCAAGCUACCAAAGAAGUUUCAAGACAAAUGGACAACCAUAGCCUUCAGGUACAAACAGCAGAACAAUUCACAGUACCCUCCAUUUGAACACUUCUUAAAAUUCAUCAGUGAAAUGGCAACUAUGUGCAAUGAUCCAGGAUUUGUUUAUAAUCCACCGCGUAAAGAUACUUACCGUUAUCCUAAACCUGUAGAACGCAGGAAGACGAUAUCUGCGCACAAGACAAGUGUUUCUAGAGACAAUCGGAUAGAAAUAGAUACAAAUGACACAUGGAGUCAGAAUAACACCAAUGAUGUAACUACUCGUUGCCCAGUACACAAGUCCAAACAUUCAUUGAACGAAUGUGAGGCAUUUCGGAAGUGGAGGCUGGAUAGGCGUCGUGCAUUCUUAAGGCAACACUCUAUCUGCUUCAAAUGUUGUGCAUCAACUCAACAUCAGCAGUCAUCUUGUACCGCAUCUUCUCCAUGUUCUGUCUGCAGGAGUACACUUCACCCUACAGCCAUGCACUGGUAUAGGAGGGACUUGUGUGAUGAAGACACUAAAGCAAAGGUACUCACCUCGGAUCAUGGCGGGGAGGGAACAGAGGUAUCGUCAAAGUGCACUACACUUUGCGGCUCAGUUGAUGGCGGACGUUCUUGUGCCAAGGUUGUUCUAGCUAAGGUAUUUCCCAGUGAUCGUCCACAAGCUGCUGUGACUGUAUACGUGCUGCUCGAUGAUCAGAGCAACCACACCCUAGGUCGCUCUGAACUUUUGAACCAACUUGGAGUCACAUCUGAUCCCAUUCCUUACAGACUCAAAUCUUGUACUGGAGUGACCGAGGCCUCUGGGAGAAGAGCCGUGGGAUUCUGUAUUCAGUCUAUGGAUGGACUUAACUGUCAUAAGCUUCCACCUAUCAUAGAGUGUAAUGAUAUUCCAGACAACAUGAUGGAAAUCCCCACUCCAGAUGUCGCUUGUGCUCAUCCUCACUUACGGCACAUUGCAAAGGAACUUGCCCCACUACGCAGAGAUGUUGGUAUACAGCUGCUAAUUGGAAGAGACUUGGUGGAUGUACAUCAGGUGCAAGGCCAAGUGACUGGGCCCCCAGCAUCUCCCUUUUCCCAGAAGCUUAGCCUUGGAUGGGUCAUAAUUGGAGAGGUGUGUUUAGAUGGUCGUCACAAGCCAAGUGAUCUCAGUGUCCUGAAGACCAAUAUUCAGAAUGAUGGUAGAGGGACAAUCUUUACCCCAUGCCAGAACAGUAUCCAUCUUAAGGUCCAAGGCCCCCCUAGCCAUGUAACCUUUCAAGCUCGGGACUUCAAGGGUGAUAAUGUGUUUUACACUGACAGACAUGACAAUAAGGUGGGAAAUUCAGUAGAAGAUCGUGAAUUCCUGUCACUUAUGGACCAGACUUUCCAGAAGAACUUUAAUGGAAAUUGGACGUCUCCUCUUCCUUUCAAGAACGUGCGCCCACAUCUAGUGAACAAUAAAACUCAAGUUUUCAAACGGGCCAUCAACCUUGACCACAGUUUGAGGAAAAAUCCUGAAAAGUUAAAGCAGAUGUGUGAAUUUAUGGAAAACAUAUUCCAAACAGGAGCAGCAGAGAGAGCACCAGAGAUACCCAAGGGGCAAGAGUGUUGGUACAUCCCCAUAUUUGCUGUUGCGCACCCAAAAAAGCCUGGCAAGGUUCGUGCUGUGUUUGAUUCUUCAAUAGUUUAUCAGGGGUGUUCACUCAAUGACACUCUUUUGUCUGGACCCAACUUGACAAACAACUUGCUAGGAAUCUUGUUGCGGUUUCGGAAAGAUUUGUGUGCUAUCGCAGGUGACAUCCAGCAGAUGUUCUACCGUUUCUUUGUGAAUGAGAGAGACAGAGACUACUUGCGGUUUUACUGGUAUGAGAACAACGAUCCACUCCGUCAGAUGAUAGAGUAUCGAAUGACCGUCCAUGUGUUUGGGAACCGGCCUUCCCACGCAGUGGCAACAUAUGGACUCAGACAAGCGGUACGACAUGCAGAUCUUGACGUUGUCAAUUUUGUACACCAGGAUUUUUAUGUUGAUGAUGCAUUGAUGUCUCGACCUACUCCUGCUGAAGUAAUUGAUUUGAUGAGGCGUACUCAGAAGGUACUGAAUGAUGAGGGUAAAAUUCGGUUACACAAGAUUGUGUCAAACGUACAAGAUGUGGUAGAUGCAUUCCCUGCAGCUGACUUGGGAAAGGAUGUACAGGAUUUUUCGAUUGGUGAAGAUGAUGAUUUGGUUCAGCACAGCCUUGGAUUGGCCUGGAAUCUGAGAUCUGACUGUUUCAUCUUCCAGAAGCCAGAUGGGGGCGUCUCUUUCACUCGCCGUGGAAUCCUCUCCAGGGUCAACAGUAUCUUUGACCCCAUUGGUUUUCUGUCUCCACUGACAAUCUGUGGAAAGACGAUUCUUCGUGAGAUGUGUACGAUAAGUUCAAGCUGGGAUGAUCCCUUACCAGAAGAGUACCGAGAGCGAUGGGAGAGUUGGAGUAGGUCACUGGACCAGUUAAGCAGUCUACAGAUUCCCCGAAUGUUUGUUCCACAAUCGCUGAGCAUAGCACCUGACCCACAAGUACUGAUAUUCUCUGAUGCAUCUGAAGCAGCAAUUGCAGCAGCAGCUUACCUGAAGGUCAAGCACCACAUUGGCUUUAUCAAAACUCGCUCCUCUGGCAGGACAUAG